GAACGGUUAGAUAGCGUUGGAAAUAUCGACUACAAGUGUAGUACCCUAUAAUAUCAGAGUAUAACUCUUCGGUAAUAACAUACUCGAGGUAUUUGGUAUAAAUAUUGCUUCCGAAUCGCGCACUAAUAUCUGAUGCGCAGAUGAAGCAGCUUGAGUCUUAAUUAUUUAUACAAGGCCUGUAAACAUCUGAUAAGCGUAUCGAAUUAAGAUCUGAGUUUGCAUCCCAGUAAGCUCUCAGUUUAAGCUCCUAGCUAUCUAUACUUAAUUCCGAUACCAACGAAAUUUUCUGUCUGUAAAGAGCCCAUGCAUACUGACCAUUUUUUUGCAUAUCCCCAAAAGGUCAAAGUCUUUAUGGCUCAACACCGUCGAAGCAGAUCAAUUUUUAGAGCUACUGGUAGACGGUACGGUCUGUUUUCCCACCAAAUUUGUUACCAUUUUUUUAAAAAUUCAGUUAUUUGCAGUCACACAAUUCAAGCCUGUCAAACGCCUUGCUGUAAAUUAUUAUAAAUAUUUUAUUUCAAUUUAAUGGCCGAGUCAAAGGAUGUCUACGAUCCAUAUGAGCACCGUGAAGUUGAUCAUCCGAUUUCAAAUAUUGGUGCGCUGACGAAUAUCAUCAAAGCAAUAAUUGGCACCGGCAUUUUGGUGUCUCCAAUGGCUUUUCGCAAUGCCGGCUGGUUAAAUGCGCUGAUUAGUACGACUAUUAUUGGUGUUAUUGUUUUGUAUUCGAAGCAAAUGUUGAUGUAUGGCAUGUACGAAAUAGCAAAGCGACGUCGUGUACCACUCUAUACAUAUGCUGAGGGUGUUGUAGAAGCGAUAAUCGAAGGCCCACCUUGCUUGCGUGGACUCCAGGGAACGUUGCGCUGCAUGGUGAACUCUUUACUCUUCAUCUAUCACUUCGGUUCUUGCUGUGUUUAUGUGGUUUUCAUAGCAAAUUGUCUUAAGGACAUUGGCGACCAUUAUUGGGCCGUCUGGGAUAGCCGUUUAUACAUGUGUUGUGAGAUUUUACCUCUAUGCCUUAUCUACUGUGUGCCGAACUUGAAAUCAUUGGUUCCCUUUGCGAUGGCAGCCAACUUUUCGCUUAUAUUUGGUUUCGGCAUAAUUUUCUACUAUAUGUUCAGUAAUCUGCAACCAUUUGAUGAUUUGAAAGCUUUCCAAGACUUUCGCCUAUAUCCGUUAUUUAUUGGUGCCACAUUAUUUGCAUUUGAGGCGCCUGGCUUGGUCGUAUCGAUUGAGGCCAAUAUGAAAAGGCCACAGUUCUAUGUCGGCAUAAGUGGUGUGCUGAGUCAAGGCAUCUACUUCGUUAUACUGCUGCAGCUAGUCUUCGGUUUGUUCGGCUAUUGGCGCUAUGGUGAUGAUAUCAAGUCGGCAAUAUUGCAGAGUCUGCCUUAUGAUGAGAUACUCGGUAACGCUGCGCGCGUCAUUUUCGCCUUUUCCAUGUAUAUCUCACAUCCGCUGCAAGGCUAUGUGCCCAUCGAUGUCAUGUGGAAUAAUUGGCUGAAGGCGAAGGUGCCCGAGAGUAAGGCGUUCGUAUUGGAAUUGGUCUUUCGUGUUUGCUUGGCGAUUUCGUCGGUUGGUUUUGCCGUCGCCUGGCCGAACCUGACCUUAAUUCUUUCCUUUGUCGGCGCAUUUUGCCUCUCCUUUCUGGGUCUUAUAUUUCCAGCCAUCAUAGAUAUUUCGAUUAGAUACGAAAAGGGUUAUGGACCUAUGAAAAUACACCUAUUACUAAGUUUUGUUGUGAUAUUGUUUGGCAUUGUUGGUGGUGUUGCCGGUUCUUAUGUGCCAAUCGAACAAAUGGUGAAACUAUAUGUCAGCGGUACAAAUUUGACCGGUUAGAAAUAUAUAUUUGCGUAGAAGAUAAAAAAU